AUGUCUACGACUGCCCCAGUGGUUGUUGAACGCUUCGCUUCAGCGAACGGUGACUUCUACGCUGAGUCAUCCGGAAACAAUCGGCAUCGCCGUGCUACCACGUCGGAGCUGAAGGAGCACUUUGCAAGCUCCGGCAGCAGCAAGGACAAGCCGGCACAUUGGUACGAAGCGCAGCUGAUCCACUACGGCCUGCAGCCAUCCAAGACCAAGUCGGUCGCCUUCAAGCGGCUGUUCGAUGCUUCCAACACGGGAAACUUGAGCGUUCCGGCUCACAUCACCAAGUUGGAAGCCGACCUUAAGAAGGAAUGGACCAAGAGGGAUAGGGAGGCCAAGAAGGAGGCCAAGGGCCAGAUGGUCGGCGUCACCAAGACCACCGAGAAGGCCACGGCUGUGAAGAAGACUACUGCGGGCACAAAGCGAAAGGCGUCCGAGACCUUGGAUGUUACAGUCAGUGUCGGUGGCAUCGACUUCAAGAUGUCCGCAAGUAACUCAUCUGCCUCUCAGAGCACCACGGCCAAGAAGACCAAGACGGCUACGGCCAGCGCUGCAAAGACCACAAAGGCUGCUGCUGCUACUUCCAAACCCGUCAAGGAGAGCCCAAAGGCAAAGCCUACUCCCAAGACGACCAAGACAACUGCUGCACCCCCCAAGACGACCAAGGCGACUCCUGCGCCCAAGGAGAAGAAACCCGUGUCAAAAGCUACACCAAAGGAGAAGAAGACGCCGGCAAAAGCCGCGCCCAAAGCAAAAACUGCCCCAAAAACUGCUGCGAACUCUUCGCAGCCGUCUGCAAACUGGGAUGCUGCUGCUACUUCUGCUUCGAGCCCAGCACAAUCCCGACCCAAGCAAACAGCUCGCCGAGGCGGUCUAUCGCAAGGCUCCGGUCGUGGUGGUACUGCCUCCGCUGCUGCCGCUACCGAUCCUCCACGACCACGAACCAAACAGACAGCUCGACGAGGCGGAGGUUUCCCAGCUUAUGGUGGCCACGGUCAUUCCUUUGCCUCGCAGAAUUAUGAACCUUAUGGCUAUGGUGACUAUGACAGCGAGGAUGAUAAUGACGAUAAUGAUGACGACGACGAGCCGCCGCCUCCCUAUUCCGAGUACGGCCGUGACGGCUCCCUAGGUUCCAGCGACGACGAUGACGGACCUUUAGCCAAGCUAGGCCUCCUCAACGGCCGCUAUGAGAUCGAGUCCGCCGACGUCAGCGAGCAGUGGCCACGACUGGGCGACGACCUGAGCCUCGUGCUCACGCUGGCAGGCGACCAGCUCUGGGGCCAAUUCGAGCUGGGCGUCUACGAGGGCGUGCUGCGCUUCGACGUCCGGCCGUAUGAAUCGUCGUACGAGGCCCUGCCAUACAGUUGGCGCGGCCGCGAGACUGGCGAGGGCGAGAUUAUCUACGGUGACUCCAACCAGGGCUGGAUCAAGUUCUUGGGCGGUGGCCGCAUCAAGGGCUACCUCGACCAUAUGAGCAUUCACUUUUCCGGACGACGCAUCCCUGGCCAGAGCACUCGGAGCGAGGUUGACAUUGGCACCAUGAGAGACCAGUGGAACAACGAAUAUAGCGAGAGGGAGUAUGAAAGGGCGAACCGUGCCAGAUGGGGCGGUAGUUCUUGGUAA